UGGUGGAUGUUUAAUGUUGAUGUAUGAUUCAGAUGACGAAGUUGAUAAAUUUAAUUAAAGUCUUCAGGAGAGCCAGAUCCAAUUAUAAAAAACAACUACCAAAAUGCAGCAAAUUUAACUAUAGAAUAAUCACAAUAUAAAAAAAUGAUAAUAUAUUAAAAAUUCAAUCUAUAUAAAUAAUGUAUCAAAGAACCAUUUUGGAAGACAAUGAAAAUAUUUAAGAAGAUUGUAAACCCAAGAGAUAUGCAGCCAGUCUGGAAGGGUAGAAUUUUAAGAAAAAGCAAACUAAUAAAGCCAGUUUUCAAGAGUGGGCUGGAUUAAUUGGCAUCAUCGUUGUCACAUAUCUCUUAAUUAUAUUUGUGUGGGCCUUAUGUUUCAUAGGUAUUGAUAAGAAUUUUAAAGUCACUGUUGGCAUCUUUAUGGUCUUAUUUGUAUUAUUUGUGAUUGGAAUUUUGAUAUAUUGGUAUUAUGGUUUGAAAAGUCGAGAAGAAUUAAUUCGAUCAAUGAUGUUAAGUAAAUGGUAGGAUAGUUCUUAUGAAAUUAAUAAUUGAUUUAAUUACGAUUCAAUAAUCGUCAUGAUGUAUAUAUACUAUUAUGUGGUUUAUUAAAUUAUUUUAAAAUGUUUCAUUA